UGCUGCAAACGCUCGCAGAGGUCAGGCGUCGCGCGCGAGGUGGGUUGGUGCUGCCCGCGUGGACGCGCUCGCGUCGUCCGGCUGCCCGCGUAUGCACGCUGCCAAUCGACAAGGCGCUGCACCCCAGCGCCGCCGACGAUUUGUGUCUUACGAACCGUCGGAAGGCUCGGGACGACGGUCCCACGCUUCUCCAUCGCACGCGUCGAAGCGUGGCGACUGAAAAACCCGACCGGCGCGUUCCAGGCGGUUUGCGCAUCGGCGCCUUCCUAGGCCCAAUUCCCAGCUCGACGGGCGUUCGGGCAGCCUCGUACGCGACCACCGAGAAGCCGCAUCGGCUAUAAACCCCUAGGCCACCAUGGCCAUGUGGGUAGGGCGCGAGGAGGAGAUCCCGGCCUACCGCCUGGCGCACAACCAGGAGGCGACGCCGGCGACGCUCGGUUUGUUCCAGGCCUGUGAAGCUGGGGAUGCCGUCAAAGUAGGAGAGUUCCUCGCGCAAAAUGGACGAGCGAACUACUUCGACGACGUCAAGGGCGGGACGACGCCGGUGCACGCCGCGUGCACCCUGCCGAAGGACGCUAGUGCGUUAGAAGCGUUGAUUGCCUUCGCAGCCACGGAACCAGGUGAUGAUUUGAAGCCCCUGUUCGACCUCCCUUCUACUGUGCUAAAAGCCACACCUUUACAUUGCGCGGCCGAAGUGGGCAAUUCAGCACAACUAGAAGUGUUACUCAAGUUAGGUAUAGAUGCCAACGGCGAAAACGCCUACGGGGAUACUCCUUUAUUGGUAGCGUGCGCGAACAACCAGGCGGAGUGUGUCAAAUUGCUGCUAGAACAUAAUGCAGACCCCACCAAAGCCAACCACAAAAAACAAAAUGCCCUGCACAUGGCCGUGGCGGGCCUGGGCAAGGCGCUGCGGAGCGAGGAGGGCAAGGAGAACGAAAACGUCGAGGAGAAAUUAUUGGUUGCGAAGCGGUUGCUGGAGGACCCGAAAGUCCCUCUCGCCAAGCGCAUCGACCCGAACCACGCCGACGCCAACGGCCAGACGCCGCUCCACCACAUCGCGGUCAUGAAGGAGCGGCCCGCGACCGUGGCUUUGGCCAAAUUAUUGUUGGCGUCCGGUGGGAAAGCCAAGGUCAUGGAUGCGAGCGGAAAACGGCCCUCGGAGCUGGGGGCGGGCCGGGCGACGCCGCGCGGCGAGCUGACGGCUCUACUCAAACGCCACGAGCUGUUGGUGUUGGGCUAGGUUUCCUAUGCGUAAGUAC